AUGAUUAAAAGUUUAGAUUUUAGCUCUUUGAAUUUGUCGCAUAAUAAGAAAAUUUUAAGCAAAUUUGGAAAUCCACCAGAUAGUUCUAAAUUUGAAUUCAAAUCGGCAUUUGAUUUGCUGAAAGAAGAACUAUUGAGUGGCUGUAUUUUAAGUUAUAAUGAAAAAUUAGAUGAAAUACUUAAAAAUGUAAUUGUACCUAGAAAAAUUAUUGAAUUUACCGGUCAUUUUGAUUCUACCACUCCAAUAUGUUUAAAACUUAGUGUAUCAGUUCAACUGCCAAAAAGUUGCGGAGGUUGUGGGGGCGAAGCUUUCUAUAUAAGCACAAAUGGUAAUUUUUCGAUUGAAAAAUUAAGAGACAUAGCUUUCGAAUUUGUAGAAGAAUUCUCGAGGGAUACAGAAGUGUUCAAUGUUGAAUAUAUUUUAAGUCAUAUUUUUUACACAAAAGUAAACAAUCCAGUUGAAUUUUUGGCCUGUAUUUUCGAAUUAGAAUUAUUUUUAAUGCAGAAACAAGUCCGUUUACUAGUUAUAGACAGUAUUUCUUAUAUUUUGCGACAAAUGGAAAUACCAGAGAGAUUCAAUACGAUAAAUAAAAUUUUUCAACUACUAAGAUAUUUGUCUGACAAAUAUAAUUUGGUUGUUCUAAUCACAAAUUUCUGCACGACUAGAAUAAACCAGGAUGAAGCAUAUACUGUUGCAUCGUUUGGAGACAGUUUUUACCAUUUUGUCAACUCAAGGGUUUCAUUUUCUAAAAAGGCAAACACUUUUUAUGGAAAAUUAAUGAAAAGUGUAGUUAGUGAUGUGAGAGAAGUUGAUUUUAAUUUGUGA